AAAUUUUUGUAUCCAAGGGUGGAUGUGGUGCGCAAUGCGCCGUGUGCAAAAUCCGAAAGCCUAAUCAGAAACACACAAAAAUAGCAGCAGUGUAAGCCAACGCCAACUACAAUGGCGGCCACCGCAACUGCGGCUGCUGCUGCAAGAACCGUCCUCUACUCCUCACAAUCCCAUUUAAAACUCUUCUCAUUUCCAUUUUCUAUUUCUCUUUCUACUAAAUUACCAAUCUCCUUAAACCCAAAUCUCUUGAAAAAAAAUCUCAUAUUCUUUUCCUCUCUCCCUCCUGUUAGAUGCCUGCAUUCCCCAACCCAUCAAGCCUCCACCACGCAAAUCCAAGAAGCAAUACGCCAUCCCAACGUCGUCGAUAUUCUAGAAGAAAGGGGAUUGCUUGAAUCCUUAACCAGCGACAAUCUCAGGUCAAUUUCUUCUACUUCUAAUAAUGUUAGGGUUUACUGUGGUUUUGACCCAACAGCAGAGAGCUUGCAUUUGGGUAACCUUCUUGGUAUAAUUGUUCUUUCUUGGUUUCAAAGAUGUGGCCAUAAAGCUGUCGCCUUGAUUGGUGGCGCCACCGCUAGAAUCGGUGACCCAUCUGGUAAAAGCCUGGAAAGGCCGGAGCUUGAUGUUGAUACUUUGGAAAAGAAUACAAUUGGGAUUAGUAAUACUUUAACUAGAAUAUUUAAUAUGAAUAUGAAUUUGAAUAACCAAGUUGUAAUUAUGAAUAAUUAUGAUUGGUGGAAAGAGGUUAAGUUAUUGGAUUUUUUGAAACAAGUAGGGAAAUAUGCUCGAGUGGGUUCUAUGAUUUCUAAGGAGAGCGUAAAGAAGAGGCUUGAAUCUGAACAAGGAAUGAGUUAUACUGAGUUCACUUAUCAGCUUUUGCAAGGUUAUGACUUUCUUUACCUUUUUGAAAAUGAGGGUGUUAAUGUUCAGAUUGGAGGGAGUGACCAAUGGGGUAAUAUAACUGCUGGGACUGAACUUAUUCGAAAAAUUCUGCAGCCAGAUGGUGGAACUGAGGCCUAUGGCUUGACAUUUCCUCUUCUAUUGAAGAGUGAUGGCAUCAAAUUUGGCAAGUCAGAGGAUGGUGCCAUUUGGCUUUCUCCAUCCUUUUUAUCUCCAUAUAAGUUUUAUCAGUACUUUUUCUCUGUCCCAGAUGCUGAUGUUAUUAGGUUUCUCAAGAUACUUACUUUCUUGGACUUGAAUGAGAUUGAUGAGUUGGAGAGGGAAAUGAAGAAACCUGGUUAUGUACCCAACAAGGCUCAGCGUAGGCUUGCUGAGGAAGUAACACGUUUUGUUCAUGGCGAAGAUGGACUCAGCGAGGCUCUCAAGGCCACUGAGGCAUUGAGACCUGGAGCUGAAACUAAGUUGGACUGGAAAACCAUUGAGGGCAUUGCUGAGGAUGUUCCUUCCUGCUCUUUGGCUUAUGACCAGGUUCUCAAUCUUUCCCUUGUUGACCUGUCGGUUUCUGCUGGCUUGCUUGAGAGCAAAUCAGCUGCUCGCCGCCUGUUGAAGCAAGGGGGUCUUUACUUGAAUAACAGCAGAGUUGAUAGUGAAAGUAAGAGAGUUGAGGCCGAAGAUAUUGUGGAUGGGAAAGUUCUCCUUUUAUCUGCUGGCAAGAAGAACAAGGUCGUUGUACGAAUAUCUUGAUUGCUUAUGUUGCACAUAUUUAGUGAUUUACUGGAAAUUAUUUCUAAAUCUUGUGAAUUCCUUACUGCAUUUAAAAGUAAUGAAUUUCAGAGAAAGAAGUCCACUUCAGAUUUUAUUUCUGAUGAUUACAAAGUUUUGCACUACUGUAUUAGCACUUUUGUGAGAUCAUGUUGAACAAUGUUCUUAGGCCUGUCAACAUAUGGGCUAAACUCAGUAUUGCCCUGCAAAAUAGUUCUCAUCAUUCACUCUUUUAUUAUUAUUAUUAUUAUUAUUAUUAUUGUAGCUUGUAACUACAGAAAAUAAGAAAGAUCCAUCUAAGUUACUGGAUGGUUUGUCGGUUAGAUUAGAUUGGAUAUCAGAAAGCUGGAGUGUCGGUAAUAGAGGGAUUGGAUUAGAUAUUGAAAAGCGCAUCUUUUUGUACUCUAUCAGCUUCAGAUGAUUACAAAGAUGGUGAUGAGAUUUUAUUGAUUAAAUUCUUAA